AGUAGACGUUGCUGUGCUGGUCCACGGUGAACGGCACCCCGUCCAAGGCCUUGGCGCACACCACGCAGCGGAAGCAGCCGGGAUGGUACGAGUUCCCCAGCGCCUGCAAGAUCUGAGGCCACGACCGCAAACGACGCUCAUCUCACUCCUGAGAGGAAGCCUGCACUCAUGUGUGUUAACUUAUCUGCAAAACGGUGCGAGGACAUCGCCGGGACGGCAGAGGUUUUCCCGAGGAAUAAACCGGCACCCAUCGCCAAACACGUCAUUAGGUAAGUCCGUAUUUUUACGACUCCGAAGUGAAGGGUAAGCGAGCGCUCGGGCGGUCUGAGGCCCCCCCGCCUCGCUCCGUUCCCUGCAAUCUAUUCCGGGAUCUGCCCGUUUAAAUGUUUGUUUUUAGAAUGCGGCUGAGAGUGCCACGCAAACGGAGCAUUCCUGCGCCCGACUCAAAAUUGGCAUGGCUAGAACGCUCCGGGAGACAGACCGACGGACGGACGGAUCGGUGCGGCGAUGCGGGGCUCAGUGUCGAGCCGCUGCUCCUCCGCAUUGAGAGGGCCCAGAUGAGGUGGCUGGGGCAUCUGAUCCGGAGGUGUUCCGGGCACAAGAGACCCCGAGGACGACCCGGGACGCGCUGGAGAGACUGUCUUUCGGCUGGCUUGGGAACGCCUCGGGAUCCCUCCGGAAGAGCUGGAAGAAGUGGCCGGGGAAAGGGAAGUCCGGGUAUCCCUGCUGAAACUACUUCCCCUCCGCGACCUGACCCGGAAAAGCGAUGGAAGAUGCUUUGGAGGUAUGGAUAGAACCCUCCGGUCCUCGAAAUAACCCAUCUGCAAAAACAUCUCUUGAGACGCUUGACUCAAGCAGAGGGACAAAAGCGCAUUACUGUCCGAAAUAUUAUAUUUUUAAAAAACAUGACAUUGGGAGCCGUUUGGGAUGCACGCACUUGCCGGGGAGAGCCGAGCAACGAGAGGCUGCGUUCUGAUCUAGCGCAGAACAGGAGACGACCGAACGCGCUCUUGCCGGUGAGGUCCGCCCCCACUCGGAAAGAGGACGCGUCAGAAUGGCGACUCGCCCGGGGGGGGGGGAGAUCGGCCGCUGCUGCCGCACGCGCACCCGACUGCAAGCCGCGGCCGGCCGAGCAACGCGGAAGAGGAGCCGGCUAAACGCCAAGCGGAACGUGCACACUCACCAGCGAGAUCUAACCUCCGCUUUGACGCUUGCUGCAGUUGCACACGCUCGCUGCCGAGCUCCGCUCCACUCUUACGCGCGCGCUUGUUGGCCAGCGCGUGGGUAAACGACGCAGCCUCGAUGUCGCCGGUGAGUGUGUGCGGCAAACGUCCCAAUAACACCAGACCUCCGGGCUUUCCUUCUCUUCUGCGGCGCUCGCCGGGCUGGCUCUCGUCCUCUCGCCAGCGACUGCGCGCCGCGGCCGGCCGCUGGCUCCCGCUCGCAGGACUGACUCGUCCGGACCGUAAAAAUAAACCGGUGAUUACGGAUCCGGCUGGCGGUUACGCUUACACUAGCCGGCGAGAUGGCGACGGGCGAGACUCGUAUUUCUUCCCAGCAGGCAAAGCGCUGCGCCGUUGCACGUCCCCUGAGGGAAUGCAUACCUGAGCGGAAAAACAGGCUGUAGCGCAACGCCCCUGCAUCCACACACACACUGCGGAGCAUGACUGUGGCCUGAAGUCACCAGGGGGAAAACACACCCUGCCACAAAGAAAUGGAACCGGAUGACGUCGCGUCAUCCGGCGGAUCGCAGACAGAUUGGCGCCGUCCAACGGUCGUUUGGUGUAACUGCAAGGCAACAUGGCGGCCCCGUUGAGAGCGCUGUGUUUCCCCGCCUUAAAACACUGCGGCCGGAGGUUGAGCACGACAACAGGAGCCCAAGCGGGAGAAAAGUGGAGGAAAGAGCACGGACUCGCACGCAGCGGCACCGAAUACGGACCCCUGACUGAUCUUCCGGAUUGGUCUUUUGCAGACGGCAGGCCUGCGCCGCCAAUGAAGGGCACGUUGAGGAGAAGGCGGGAGAGGGAAGAACUAGCGAGGCGCAUCGUCAUGCUCGACUCCGAGAUCGACCGAGGCAUCGAGUCGUGUCGGGAAAGGGACGAGGAAGCGCAAAGACUCCGGGAGCGCCAAAAGUCUCUGCUGCUCAAACCUAAAGGGCACCUCCUCAAGAAGAAGAAGAAGAAGAAGGAGGAGGAGGAGGAACCUCACAGUUAGAAACAGCCUGGUAAAUACUUGUCCCCCCCGCCCCCACCCCAUUUGAACGCAAUAAAUAAUUUCCAGCCACUGGGUUCGUGCAGGCCGUCCUU